AUGGCUGAGCUCCUGCCACAGAACGUGCCGCAUAGCGCCUGCCCGCGCCCAAAGAACGUGCCACAGAAUCCCCGACUAAACCAAGAUCAACACGGCCCGGUCCGUCCGCUUGGCACACACACACCACCUAUCUCAGCACUAUCACUACACUACACUACACUACACUACGGCUACACAUGCAUGCCCUCAUCUCCUUUUCUUUCUUUCCUCCCUCCCUCCCUGCCUUCCAAGAUUGCAACCACAUUAAGACACAGCCCGAUUAAGACACAACCAGCAACGCAAUUAAUUAAAGACAGAAAAAGAAGAAGCACAGAACAGGCCCAGCGAAAUGCCCAUGCCCUAGCGCAUACGGCUGGUGUUCUGCGAAUGCUGGACCUCGUACGAAAAGACCACAAGACAGCCCAAAACCCUGCGAUCUGA